AUGAAUGGGUACAAAGCUGACCCAUGCCUUCUGCUGCUGGUGACCUGCUUGCUGAUCCUGGUAGACGAGGUACCAUCCAAAGUGGUGGUGGAGAAACAUGCCAGCGAGCUGGACCUGAACUGCGAGAGCUACGAGGACGGAGUCGACUGGCCGCUGGUUCGCGAGCAACUGCUGACCUUCCUGCGGAGGCCAGCCGACGACCAUCCGUUCCUGUCCUCCCUGCUGGCCGUCGGCCGAAAGCGGUCGGACUGCUACAUUGGCCUCUGCUGCCUGGGCUAUCUCGCCAUUGUGUUCAUGCCGCCCGAGAAGAGGCUGAAGGCCAUGUCCAGCACCCUCUUCGGGAGUGUGCCGCUGUGGGAUCAGAUCCCGCUCUCCUACUGGGACACCAUCAAUAGCAAGUGGCCCAUCUUCGGUCUCUUGGAGGUGCUUCAAAUGCAGCUGCGGAGCCAAGAGCCCGUGCGCUCCGAGGCUGUCGACGGAUGCUGCGACCGGAUGGAGGAGCUCGACCGGCGCUUUCACCAGGUCUUGGAUAGCCACCUCUCAACAGGACAGUACGUCCCGACGCACUCGUCGUUGAGGUUCCUGGCGGAGUCCCCUUCGCGCUGCUCCUUCGGCAAGGCCGCAGCUUACGUGUCCCUGGGCGAGCGGCUGCUCCUCCUCGCGUCCCCGGUCCUGACGCAGGCCGCCAAAGACCUGCUGGCCCUGGGGGAGGCGCAGCUGGACCGCUGCAUGGUCGGGCGCAACGCCACGGUCUUCGACCAGAUGCAGUCGGCCUGGCCGACUUGGAGUCUUCUUCGGCGAGUGGAGGUAGGAAACUUGGAAGAUCCAGACAACUGGGAGGCUGAGGGCUUCGUGCAGAUCCCCUCGGAGAAGCUGCGGAUUCCACCCGAGUGGUAG